UCCAAUCCUUGUUCCGGCGAAAUUCGAAUCCCGCCAGCGUCCAUCCCUCUUGCUCAACACCACUUCCAACGAGAUUCGAAACCCGUCGCCGCCAUCUGCACUCUGCAGCCCCAUUCCUCUUGCUCGCGCGCUGCCACCCGGACGACGACGGCGACGGAGAAGCAAGCCGGCCGGCGAGCUGAACCAAUGGAGGCGGUCUUCAGCAGGUCAGCUGAGAUUGCCGGUAUUUCCAACAGGAUGGUGAAUGAUUGGGAAGGAAUAGUCCUCGACUUCCGCAGUAGCGACGAAUCAACAAUUCAUCCAGCAAAUGACCUCCUCGUACAAGCCCUGCAGCAUUAUUUUGGUGACACAUACUUGGCGCAGUCAGUAGUACAACACACCACUGAACUUUGCUCUCACAUGAUUCGUCUCUGGCGAUCCAAGCUGGAGCAAGACGCAGAAUUGAUACACCCAGGUGAGAAGGGUCGAAAGUACAUAUUUCUCUUAAAUAACACAUACGUUGUUCGUCAAACGGUGUCGCGUCAAGGAGCAUAUUUUCCCAAAGUAGAACUGAGGAGUCGGCUCAGUUCAAUGAUCGAGGGAUACAAGAAGGGCUACUUGGACGAGUGUUGGGCUCCUCUGAACCGUUUAAAAUCGGAGGAGUUUACGGCCGAAUUUCUUGCCACCUGUAAUCGCCAGAGGACGUGGAAGGUUACAGCUGAGCUCAGGUACCAACUGCGGCAGGAGAUUCUGGAUUUGGUUGUUUCACAUUCACCGUAUGAGGUAUCCAACGGAAGCUGUAUGAUGGAAGGAUUAUUUGAAGGAUGACGAGCUAAGCUAAUCGGGAGGAUAGGACACUGGACUGGUACACGACCGUUGCAGUCAUUAUAUUUGGAGCUUCCUGCCAUAUCUUGCUAGUUGCACCUGUGCCCGUUCUGUCUUCUAUAUAUAGGGUUGACUUUAUGUAUACAAAGUAAAUUGAGAGUGUUGUUUCUGUUAGAGUUGCGUCGAAUAUUAUUGUACAAGGUAGGUUACAGUCGGACUUGAUUUUAGAUUCUGUGUAGACAGAGUACGAGUUGUGUUCUAAUAAAACAUUUGUACACUUGUAUCCUAGGCCUCUCAUAUAUAGCGAGGGUAACACCGCAAAAAAAAAUAUAGCGAGGGUAGACACACGAU